AUGCCAGGACUUCAGGGUGCUGCCGGGCUGCGUCGGCGUGGAGCCUGCCGCACGCUUUCACGCCCAUCUCCACUUGUGACGGGAAAGAAUCAGACCUAUCCUAAUAAACGCCUUGUCCCGUCCCUCAUGUUCACGUUUGUGAUGCUGCUCGCCUCCUGGAUUGGGCCGGCGCACGGCCACCCUCAGUGCCUGGACUUUGAGCCUCCUUUCCGGCCCCCCUGGCACCUGGAGUUCUGCGGUCAGUACCAGGAUUUUGGAUGCUGCGACCAGAAGACCGACAACCACAUAGCGGAGAGGUACUGGGACAUUAUUGAGCAGCUGGAAGUGGCGGGGCGUGACCUCUGUGAGGACAGCUUGAAGGAAAUCAUGUGCCAGGAGUGCUCUCCAUAUGCUGCCCACCUGUAUGACGCCGAGGACCCCCACACGCCCGUCAGAGAGCUUCCUGGCCUCUGUUUGGACUUCUGCUCAGAGUUCCACAGCAAAUGCGGUCAUGUGAUCAAGUACCUCACGGCGAACCAGCUGCUGCAGGACACCAGCGAGCGGGACGUGUCCACCUUCUGCAGCAUGGUGGACCUCUCCGACCAGGACUACUGCUACCCCAACGUGCUGAAGAGCACCGAUCUCAACAGCAACCUGGGCCGGGUGGCCGAAGCCCCCGGAGGCUGUCUCCAGCUGUGCCUGACGGAGGUGGCCAACGGCCUGAGGAACCCGGUGCUGAUGCUGCACAGCGGCGACGACACGUGGCGCCUGUUCGUUGCUGAGCAAGUGGGUUUUGUUUGGGUGUACCUGCGUGACGGCAGCCGCCUGGAGACCCCCUUCCUGGACAUCAGCGGGCAGGUGAUGACCACGCCCUGGCCGGGGGACGAGAGGGGCUUCCUGGGCAUGGCCUUCCACCCCAGUUACCGUGACAACGGACGCUUCUUCAUAUACUACUCCAUUCAGGUCGACGGUAAGCUGGACAAGGUCCGAGUCAGCGAGAUGAGGGUGUCUGGAAGUGACAUGAACAUGGCCGACCCUUACUCAGAGAGUGUCGUUUUAGAGAUCGAGGAACCGGCCGCCAACCACAACGGAGGCCAGCUGCUCUUCGGUCCUGAUGGUUAUUUGUACAUCUUCACCGGAGACGGCGGAAAAGCAGGCGACCCAUUCGGGAAGUACGGAAACGCGCAAAACCGAAGUGCCCUGUUGGGGAAAGUUCUCCGCAUCGACGUGGAAGGGAAUGACGCCGGAAACCGGAAGCAGUACAGGAUUCCCAAAGAUAAUCCCUUUGUUGGCGAUCAGGACGCUAGACCCGAGGUGUAUGCUUACGGGGUCAGGAACACGUGGAGGUGCUCAGUGGAUCGUGGGGACCCCGUGAGCCGUUAUGGCCGUGGGCGAAUAUUCUGUGGCGACGUGGGCCAGAACCGCUACGAGGAGAUUGACAUCAUCGUGAAAGGCGGGAAUUACGGAUGGCGAGCGAAGGAAGGCUUUGAGUGUUACGACAUGAAACUGUGCCACGACUCGUCCUUGAAUGACAUCCCGCCCAUACACGCGUACAGCCACCAUGUCGGCAAGUCUGUGACGGGCGGAUUCGUCUACAGGGGCUGUGAAUCACCCAAUCUCAACGGCUUGUACAUUUUUGGAGACUUCAUGAGCGGGCGUAUCAUGGCCUUGGAGGAAGACGGGGAGACAGGAAGCUGGAAGGAGAGGAGCAUCUGCAUGGGGGACACCAAGACGUGUUCCUUUCCUGGUCUCAUUAAUCAUCACCACAAGUUCAUCAUCUCCUUUGCUGAGGACGAAGCAGGGGAAAUGUAUUUCCUGGCCACUUCCUACCCAAGCGCCAUGUCGCCGACCGGGACGGUCUUCAAAUUCAUGGACCCAUCCAGACGAGCUCCUCCCGGAAAAUGUAAACAGAAAUCUCAGCCGGUCAAAGUUCGGGGCAAAAAGAUCCCGUUUGUCCCCCAGGAACUGACCUUGAUGGACGCCAAUGAAAAACCGACCAGGCCGCCGCAAAGAACGUUCAAAGUCGCCACUAAAGCAUCCGGUGGCCCCGUCAGACCGACCAUCGCCGAGACGACCACAGAGAAGCGAGCCAGCGUGGAGAGGAGCAAAGCCAAGUGGAAGUCACCUGUCCAGAAUCAAUUAAAGGCAGUGAAGAAAAGCAAAAUGUUAAAGAAGCCUAAGAAGAAGGCACCUCUGAGGAACGAUGCAAAGAAGAGAUCGAAAUUCACGACCGGUAAAGAACUUCCACCAAAGAACGCUCACAAAAACACAACCUUGUCAAAAGCUAAAGACCUACCCCACGGUCACGGCUGCUUUGACAAUAAAGCACAGCUCCAUGCCGGAUUCGACCACAGUCAUGCGAUUCUUCUUUACUGUUUGCUGAUAGCUAUUAGCAUGUCAACGUUUGGGGGAGACGAGGCGGGGGGGGCAUGGAGCCGAUCCGCCACCCCUGACCAGUUGCAAUAG